AUGUGGAAUUUCACUGCGUCUGGUUGGGUGGAAUGCAAUGAGAUCGUCCAACGGAGACAGAGCCGAAGGCAAGGUCGGUUCGCAUGCUCCUGUACAAUACACUACUUCCGACUGAGAUCCAACAAAUCGGCUUUCACCCGGACUGAAGAAUCUGACAAGUCGAUUCACCACGCUGUCACUAGUAAGUAA